AUGUCUUCAGCAAGCCACACCAACGAUUCGCCUGACAAUGGAGACUCUACCAACGAAUUCAAGAUGCGUACACCUUCCUUGAAAUUUAUGUACCAUCUCGAAUGCGAGAUGUCUCAAGAAAACCACGUUGUCGGGGCUCAAUUCGGGACGAGCAACGCAAGAGUCAUCAUGCCAAUUGUUGGCGGUACUGUCAAGGGACCUCGUAUCUCAGCCAUCAUACAAACCAUGAGCGGAGCAGAUUGGGGACUUGCAAUUGGGGGAACUGGCCUCAUGCGUUUGGAUGCUAGAUACACCCUGAAAACUGACGACGGCCAUUACAUCUACGUACGCUCCAAAGGCAUCUUCAAACCUGGACCUGGAGUCGAUAUCAACCCUGCAGCUCGAACUCGUAUGACACAGGAUGAAGUGGAGUGGUUUACCAGGUUGCAGUUCGAAGCCUCUGGGCCGUACGAUUGGAUGAACAGUGUCUUCGCGAUUGGUGUUCUGGCGAUGGACGAAAGCAAAAUCUUGAUAGAUGCUUAUGAGUUGACGAAUUUCAUGUAGUGUAAAUCUAAGGGCCCAUAAAUCGAACCAGAACUGAGUUCUCAGCCUAUCGAAAUGCCUUUGAAUGCGGCCAUCGAAAGGCAGGAUGAUUGUCGAUGGAGGUGCACUCGUGCAGUGUCCAGGGAGAGUUCGAAGGAGUAUGCGCC